AUGAAGCCUGAGGAGUACAACAGGGAGCAGAUCCCGUGGCAGGACAUCCCGUUCAGCGACAACCAGUCCUGCAUCGACCUCAUCUCCUCUAAGCCCCAUGGGAUACUGAAGAUCCUGGAUGACCAGAGCUGCUUUCCCCAGGCGACAGACCACACCUUCCUCCAGAAGUGUCAUUAUCACCAUGGUAACAACAAGAUCUACCUGAAGCCAAAGAUGCCCCUCCCAGAAUUCACCAUCAAACACUUCGCUGGCCCAGUCACCUACCAGGUACACAAGUUUCUGGAUAAGAACUACGACCAGGUUGGACAGCAGGUUCUCGAUCUGUUCAGCCACAGCAAGAACAAGAUGGUGGCCAACCUCUUCCUGGUUCACGCGGAGGUCGUAGGUCAGCAUAGAGGUCAUGUGAGGAAGAGCAGCACGGUGACCCGGAGACACCAGCCCCCCACUGUCUCCACCAAGUUCACCCUGUCACUUCUGGAACUGGUAGACAAGAUGGAGAGCUGGUCCCGGGAACAGUGGUCUCCACAUGAGAAGGAGCCAGGUGUGUUUGAGACGGAGCUGGUCGGCAGUCAGCUGAGGUAUUCUGGUAUCUUGGAGACCAUCAGGAUCCGGAGAGAGGGUUACCCUGUUAGACUGGCCUUCAACAUCUUCCUGUUCAGGUAUCAGUCCCUGGUGGGGACAGCCUCCUCUAACCUGUGUGUUUGUGUGUGUCAGGUACAGUCCCUGGUGGGGACAGCUCCUGAUGGGGAGAACUGUGUCAUCAUGCUCAGCAAACUGGUUUCCGACCCGUACCAACUGUUUCUGAAGGAGGACGUGUACCAGUUGUUGGAGUCUAAGAGAGAGCGCGUUCGUCAGGUGGCGGCCCUCACCCUGCAGAGAUACACACGCAUGUUCUUUGUCAGGAAACGAUACAAGGAGUUCAGAACCAAGAUCAUCAGACUACAGGCCUACUGUAGAGGCUUCCUCACCAGGAAGCGCUAUUUGAAGAUGAGAAAGAGUCUGGUCAAGUUUCGUUCUCUCAUCCACAUGUACGUCACCCGCAAGAGAUACAUCAAGAUGAAGCUGGAGGCCCGCAGGAAAGCAGAGGAGGAGAGUGGCAGAGAGCUCCAUUCUGAGUGUCUAGCUCUGGUCCAGGCACCACACAUCCAGGAGCAGAACCAGCUGACCCUGCCGUUGGACAUCAACGACUUCCCCUUCAGCCGCUACGCACGACUCUACUUCAGGGAGCCUAUGUUUGGGAUGCUAACGGUUCCCUUGGAGAGGACCCUGACAUGUACAGAUGAGGACCUCCGACAGGAAGCUCUGGAGCUGUUCGUUAUGGUGUUAGGAUUCUGCGUUCUUGAUCCUGAGGUUCAUGGGCGACCCCACCUGAAUGGGGCUCAGGAGAACCUGUUUGGGAACUACAUCAUCCAGAGAGGACUGGCCAAUCAGGGCCUGCGAGACGAGAUCCUGGCUCAGCUGGCCAACCAGGUGUGGCGGAACCCUAACCAUGACAACGCAGAGAGAGGCUGGCUGCUGCUGCUGGGGUGUGUCUGCUGCUUCCCCCCCUCCGCCAGGCUGCACACACCUCUACUGAAGUUUGUGUCUGACCACGCCCCUGCUGGUUGCCGGGCACUGCUGCAGCACCGGCUGAUCCAGGCCAAUCAGAAGUCCCGGCUGUUAUCAGGCUCCGCCCCUGAGACAGCACGCACCUAUCCACUGUCUCUGUUGGAGUGGACAGCCAAUAGGAAGAGGGCUAACAUGGUGCUGCAGGUGUCCUGCUUCGACGGAGAAUUGUUCCUGUGUCCUGUACAAUCCUGGACCAGUGGAGAAGAUCUAGCGAGAGACAUCCUGCGAAACAGGGGAGUGUGUGAGGCGUGGAGGGGGUUUUCUAUACUGAUGAAGGAGCAUGGGCAGUGGGCGGAGCUAGCCGGUCAUGAUUACGUCAUGGAUCUGAUCUCAGACUUGGAGCUGCCGUCCGACUUCCCCAAACAGAAGAGUUACUUCAUCAUCUCAGCUGAGGAUCCUAAUAGGGUUCGAACCAACGCCAGCCUAACUCUGUUUGGCAGUGGUUUUGACAGUGAUGAAGAGCUGCCCCCGCCCUUCCUCAGCGCCACCCAACCUGCGUACAGCCUGCCAGGAUCUGACGGAUACUCCAGCCACGUGGAGUCUGGUGUGUUCAGCGAUGGUCCGACUCAGAGAGGGGUGGAUCGCUACCUGGACAGCCUCUUCAACCCUGUGUUAUCAGACGGCAGCACGGACCUGGACAAGCCAGCCAGUAUGACAGGCCGGAUGAAGGGAGGAGGAGGAAUAGGAGGAGGAGAGGAGGAGAGGGGUCAGGCCCCUUCCAGCAGACCAUAUCCCCCAGGACUACAGCCCGGAGGUUCUCCAGAACAGACAGGGAUGGCUCAGCAGCAACAGACCAUCAUCAACCAGCAAGCCAUCAUACUGGCGCAGCAGAUGACCAUGCAGGCCAUGGCUAUCCAGCAGCAGAUGUUGUCUUCCCUCGCCCCCCAGGCCCCUCCCACACAACCACCCCCCCGCACCUCCAGCCAUACUGAAGAAGCUCCAGAGAGCCCUUACCAGGCCAGCCUGAACCCCGCCCAGCACCACCCCUCCUCCAGGAAACACACUGCGACACGGGUGGCCCCUCCUGAUGACUUGGUGCGGUCCAGGGCCCCCCCUCCUGAUGACUUGGUGCGGUCCAGGGCCCCCCCUCCAGAAGGAGUGGUCCAGUCCGAUGCGCCUAACUCAGAAAGCCCCUCCCACAACAUCAAGGACAUGAUCAGACAGUACCAACACCCAUCUGACCCUGCACCCAGCCAGCCUGCACACACACACAGGGGGAGGGGGAAGAUGUUCUCAAAGAAGCCAGACCCUCAUGAGGAAGCCAUGAAUAUCCUGAAAGACCAGAUGGCCAACCCACCACCACAGAAGUCUUUCUCUCCCGCGGCGCCUCGGGAACCAAAGGAGGAGGGUGGAUCCAAAGUCACCAAGGCAACAAAACCCCGCCCACCUGCCCUAGCCGACUCCCACAGCAGCCCCCUCCCCCCACCAGUGUCCAGAGAGUUGCCUGUCGAGGAAGAGACCAGCCAGACCCAGCUACACCACAGGAGCAGUGAAGAACACUACACUUACACUAACACACCCUGGAAGAUUUACCUGAGGAAAGAGGUGUUCUACCCUAAAGACAACUUCAACACUCCUCUGUUGCUGGAGCUGCUGUUCAGACAGAUAGUCCACGACACCUUCUCAGAGGCCUGCAUCCGCAUCACUCAGGAGGAGAGGACCAAGAUGAAGGCUCUGUUCGUGGAGCACCAGGUGGGUCAGGAUGGAGCCACACAGGAUGAGAGUGUGAAGAAGAAGAUCGUGACGAUGGCCAGAGACUCCUGGGAAAUAUAUUUCUCCCGACUCUUCCCUGCCUCGGGCAGUGUGGGUACUGGGGUGCAGGUGGUCUCUGUGUCUCAUCGAGGCAUCAAGCUGCUGAAGAUGGUGAGAAGCAGCGCUGUUGUCCCAGACUACUUCAGAGUGCUACACCCUUACAGUUACGCGGACAUCCUGUUUGUGUCCAUUCCAUCUAAGAACAUGUUGGAGUUUAACCUGACCAACGAGAAGCUGAUUCUGUUCUCUGCCAAGGCUCCACAGGUUAAACACAUGGUGGACUACUUCAUCACAGAACUGAAGAAGGACUCUGAGUAUGUGGUCGCAGUGAGGAACUACAUCACAGAGGACAGAACUCUGCUCAGCUUCCACAAGGGAGACAUCAUCAGAUUACACAGCGUGGAGGGGCUGGAGGAGGGCUGGCGGUACGGGGCGGUGUACGGGCGGUGGGGUGUGUUUCCAGGUGAGUGUGUUCAGCCGGUGGCCGCUCCAGACUUCCUGGUUCUCCCUGCUGAGAGGGCGGAGCCUCGUGACAGACACGGCCGUGUUGCCGCCUCCGCUGCAAUCGCCGUGGCGAUGGGCUCUACUGUCGCCGCCCAUGAAUUGGACCUCAACACAGAGGCUGUGGUAGGGUAUGGUGACAGCAGUAGUCUCCAUCUAGAGGGACUGCCUCUACAGGCCAGUCAGUACACCAUGGAGGAGUUCUCCAGGAAGUACUACAGACGGGCUCAGAGACACAGGGACCAGCUGAAGACCAGGAAGGGGAAGGAGACCAGAGAACCAGCUGACAUGGUUACAUACUCUAAGUCCCCUCUCCAGGAGUCUCUGAUAGACUUCACAGACAGCAACAUGAACAAGGUGGCAGCUGACAUCUCCCUGGCUGUGAUGAAGUUCAUGGGAGACUACCCUCUGAAGGGACAGACAGAACAGGACCUGGUCUCAACGAUCCUAAAGCUCAGUGGGGAGUAUGGUCUGAUGAAAGAUGAAGUCUACUGCCAGGUGAUGAAGCAGGUCACAGGAAACACCAGCUCCAAAACGGACAGUUGUCAGAGAGGCUGGAGGCUACUCUACAUCCUGACUGCGUUCCAUCGCUGUUCUGAGGUCCUGAAGCCCUUCCUGUUAACGUUCCUGUUGGACGCCUGCUCUGGUCCUGGAGUCCACUACCAAGGUAUAGCCAAGGCGUGUGAGCAGAACCUGAGGAGAACCUUCCAGUACGGAGGAAGAAUCGAACACCCCAACAGCAUGGAGCUGAAGGCCAUCAUGGCUGGGCGGAGCUCCAAGAGACAGUUGUUCCUCCUACCAGGCGGCAUCGAGAGACACCUCAAAAUCAAGACCUGCUCAGUGUCUCUGGAUGCUAUAGAGGAGCUAUGCAAUGACAUGGGACUGCACAGACUGGAGGCCAUGGAUGAGUACGCUGUAUUUGUGGUCACACACCGAGGUCAGAAUGUCCGUCCCCUCAAUAAGAGGGAGUACAUCCUGGACAUUACUACGGAGGCGGAGCCAGUGGACAGUAACUACAGCCUGUGGUUCAGGAGGGUCAUCUGGACACAGCCGCUUAAAUUUGACAACGAGCUCUGUGUCACCAUGCAUUAUAACCAGGUGUUACCAGACUAUCUAAAGGCCUUGCUGAGUGUGGUUCCUCAGAGUAAAGCCAGUGAGCAGCAGCUGCAGCAGUUGGCCAAGCUGGCAGCAUUACAACACCGUGCUAAAGAUACCGUCUUCCUGCCCACCAUUGGUGAGGUCCAGGAGUAUGUCCCCCCCCAGCUCUACAUCAGACAGCCUCCUCAGCCCUGGCUCAACAUGGUCACUCAGCAUAUGCAGCAGGUCUCUCCUCUGAGUCCUCACCAGGCCAGGGCUCAGUUCCUCGGUCUGGUCAGUGCGUUCCCGAUGUUUGGUUCCUCCUUCUUCUACAUCCAGUCCAGCAGCAACAUCUCCAUCCUGGCUCCCUGUGUGUUGGCUGUCAACCAGAACGGACUGCACUUCCUACACAAGGACUCACAUGAGGCCACGGCGUGUUACCCUCUAAAUGAGAUCCAGUCCACCAGAACCCAGAGACCAACAGGAGGCUCCAGCUCCUCCUAUCCCUACGUAGACAUUCUGCUGGGAGACCUGCUGACACAGCGAAUCACACAGCUGCAGCUGGAACAGGGUCUGGAGCUGUGUCGGGUCAUUGCCAUGCACAUGGAAAACAUGCUGUCUCUCCGGGAGAAGAGACUCACCCUGCCACCGAGUGAGAUCACUCUGUUAUAACACUGUCUGUCUGUCUGUCUGUCUGUCAGUCAGCUACUCAGUCAGUCAGUCAGUCAGUCAGUCAACCAGCUACUCAGUCAGUCAACCAGCUACUCAGUCAGUCAGUCCGGGAGAAGAGACGUUAGAAGGUGGUAGAUGGUGGUAGAUGGUGGUAGUUAGUGGUAGAUGGUGGUAGAUGGUGGUAGUUAGUGGUAGAAGGUGGUAGAUGGUGAUAGAUAGGGUAGUUAGUAGUAGAUGAGGGUAGUUAGUAGUAGAUGGUGGUAGUUAGUGGUAGAUGGUGGUAGAUGGUGGUAGUUAGUGGUAGAAGGUGGUAGAUGGUGGUAGUUAGUGGAAGAUGGUGGUAGUUAGUGGUAGAUGGUGGUAGUUAGUGGUAGAUGGUGGUAGUUAGUGGUAGAUGGUGGUAUAUGGUGGUAGUUAGUAGUAGAUGGUGGUAGUUAGUGGUAGAAGGUGGUAGAUGGUGGUAGUUAGUGGUAGAUGGUGGUAGUUGGUGAUAGAUGGGGUAGUUAGUAGUAGAUGGUGGUAGUUAGUGGUAGAUGGUGGUAGUUAGUGGUAGAUGGUGGUAGUUAGUAGUAGAUGGUGGUAGUUAGGGGUAGAUGGUGGUAGAUGGUGUUAGAUAGUGGUAGAUAGUGGUCGAUGGUGGUAGUUAGUGGUAGAUGGUGGUAGUUAGUGGUAGAUGGUGGUAGUUAGUGGUAGAUGGUGGUAGAUGGUGGUAGUUAGUGGUAGAUGGUGGUAGAUGGUGGUAGUUAGUGGUAGAUGGUGGUAGUUAGUGGUAGAUGGUGGUAGUUGAUGGUGGUAGUUAGUGAUAGUUGGUGGUAGUUAGUGGUAGAUAGUGGUAGAUGGUGAUAGUUAGUGGUAGUUGGUGAUAGUUAGUGGUAGAUGGUGAUAGUUAAUGGUAGAUGGUGAUAGUUAAUGGUAGAUGGUGGUACUUAGUGGUAGUUGGUGAUAGUUAGUGGUAGAUGGUGGUAUAUGGUGGUAGUUGGUGGUAGAUGGUGGUAGUUAGUGGUAGUUGGUGGUAGUUAGUGGUAGUUAGUGGUAGUUGGUGGUAGUUAGUGGUAGAUAGUGGUAGAUAGUGGUAGAUGCUGGUAGUUAGUAGUAGAUGCUGGUAGUUAGUUGUAGAUGGUGAUAGUUAGUGGUAGAUGGUGAUAGUUAAUGGUAGAUGGUGAUAGUUAAUGGUAGAUGGUUGUACUUAGUGGUAGUUGGUGAUAGUUAGUGGUAGAUGGUGGUAGUUGGUGGUAGAUGGUGGUAGUUAGUGGU